CAAAGACUCGUGCGACGGCGAUCGUGCCGAGGGCCGAAAUAGGUUUCAGUAUUCAGUAUAGUAAUAAUAAUAUUACCAUCUACUAUUUAUCAUUAUUAUUACAACAGUUUCGUUUUCGUACGCGCUGCACUACUGCACUUCGCAGUCUACUCUUUAGUAUAAUAUUACAGUGUCUGUGCACUGCUCGCCACACACGUCGAUCAUAAUAAUAUUGUUGUAUUGGAAUUCGGAUUUAUUUUCCAUUUUUCCGACGUUGUCUCGUAUCACGCGCGUCCCAUGAGACGAACGCCACUGUUGAUCGUCCACUUCGCAGACGCCGCCGCCGCCGUCGGUUAUCGUUAUUGAGAAUCGGCUGUAGCCCCGUGGGGACGUCGGCCGCUAUGAACCGCUGUCCCGUGAUGAACUCGCAGUACGACGUCGAGCGGCGGUCCCGGUGCCCGGCGGCGGCGAUACACAAGCCGUCGCCCGACAUCGAUGACUUGCACGUUUGUGAGCGAAUCGUCGUCAUGUUCGUACAGCUCAAGAACUACUUGGGCUCGUAUUGGCUGGUCCCAUGGUUUUUCGUCUACAUCUACCCCAGCAUACUUGUCUAUGAAUCUUAUGGUUUUGUUGGGCCUUUUGUUUAUUGCAACAUUGUUCAGAUACUAUUUUUUAUUGUAUUUGAAUUUUGGGAUGAAAGUUUUAAUUGGACACCAUUACAUGAUACCGUAAGAAUAUACUCAUCACAAAUUCUUGGACAUCAACUCAUAACAAAAAGUGUUGAUGAAAUGAUUUUGUUUUGUAUUUGGGUUUUAUCUUGGGCUGCAGUCCCUUCUAUAUGUUAUGCAAAUGAACAUAUAUUUGAAUUACCUAUUGAUCGUCUGGAACGGUUAACUUCAUAUGUGUCUAUGAUGACUGUUACAUUCAUAUUGGCUUAUAUUAUCAUUUUACUUUGGAUUGACAUGAAUUUGUUAGAAAUAAAAUCAAAUAUAAAUAAUCGUAACACAAAUUCAAAAGUGUCAUCAUAUAAUUAUGACCUUAUAGAUGAUUUAAUUGAACCUGACGACAUACCUGAUUUGGAAACUGUGUAUGAAGAUAUCUCUAUUACAAAUGAGUUCAAAAUAGAUAACACAUUUCUAGACUUUUCAGAAGCAGUAAAUGAAAAUAUUAUUGAAAGUGAAGAAUUUCGUAAUUCUAGAAUAGUUGAACAAGGCGAAGAAGCUAAAGAACAAGAAAUGGAUGUUAUAUCUUUGUCAUCAAGCACAUUAAGUGACUUUGAUGUAAUAACUGAGGAAGAAAUAGAUUUACUUAAGUAGUGUUUUUUUUUUCAAGAAUAUUUCAUAGUAUAUAAAUAUUGCUUUUUGUAAGCAAAUAAAUAAUAAAAAAAAUUUAAUAUUUUGGUAAUUAAAUCUUAGAUGAGAAUAAUUUCUCUUUAGACAUUUGAUCCAUUACAUUGAAGCUUGUGACAUAAUAUAUUAAUUUAAGUUCCUAUUUUUUAUGUUUAAUAUACAAACAUAAAAGAGAACUUUUUUUUAAUUUGCCUUAUAUUUAUGAGAAGUCUUAGCUCAAAUAUUGUAUUCCAUGACAUUUUUAAUUAAUGUGAUUAGAAACUUACUAGUUUCUAUAAGCUGAUUCUAUAUGAAUAUAACUAGUUAACUAUGUUC